CUUGUUUUUCCUUUUCUUGGCCUUGCAAUCGCAGUUGCGCUCGAAUAUAGCAGAGGCUCAAAUUCAACCCUAUUUCAGAAAUUGGGGACUUCAAGUGAAAAUUUUUCUGACUCCCCAAUCAACAUACUCUGAAUCUUCGAUUCCAUUGAUCAAGCAAAAUCGAUUUUCUUCGAUCUGUUGCCACCAUAAACUAAAAGAUUUGCAUGCAAAUCCAGAGAGAGAAGACAAGUGAAGGUAAUAUAAGGACGUCGUCAUGAGGCCUCAGAGGAACCCGAUCCACGCCGUCUCAACAUGGGUGAGGCGACAACCUCCGAAGGUGAAGGCUUUUCUGGCCGUGGUUUCGGGUAUGGCGGCUCUUGUGUUGCUUCGAGCCAUUGUUCACGAUCAUGAUAACCUCUUCGUAGCCGCUGAGGCUGUGCACUCUUUAGGAAUUUCCGUCCUCAUCUAUAAGCUGAUGAAAGAGAAGACGUGUGCUGGACUGUCCCUCAAAUCCCAGGAAUUAACGGCUAUCUUUUUGGCUGUUAGGCUGUACUGCAGUUUUGUCAUGGAAUUUGAUAUACACACUCUACUUGACAUGGCUACUUUGGCAACAACACUGUGGGUCAUUUUUAUGAUACGUUUUAAGCUCAAGUCUAGUUACAUGGAGGAGAAGGACAACUUUGCAAUAUACUAUGUGGUGAUACCCUGUGCUGUGUUAGCCUUGUUUAUUCAUCCGUCUACUUCUCAUCAUCUAUUGAACAGGAUUUUCUGGGCAUUCUGUGUAUAUCUCGAAGCAGUUUCAGUGUUACCCCAACUGCGGGUUAUGCAGAACACCAAAAUUGUUGAGCCAUUCACAGCUCAUUAUGUAUUUGCAUUGGGUGUGGCAAGAUUCCUAAGCUGUGCGCAUUGGGUUCUUCAGGUGUUAGAUAGCCGUGGGCAUUUGUUAGUUGCCCUGGGAUAUGGUUUAUGGCCAUCAAUGGUUCUUUUCUCAGAAAUUGUCCAGACUUUCAUCUUGGCAGAUUUUUGCUACUACUACGUUAAAAGUGUUAUUGGGGGACAGCUUGUUCUUCGUCUUCCCUCUGGAGUGGUGUGAUUGAAGAUCUUCUGCGACGAGCACAUUCUCACUUGGAUUUAACUUAAUCUGCCAACACUUAGGGUCAUCUUCGCUUCAAGCAUGUUGUGUUGAUGCACUUGUUAGGUCUUGAUGUCUCAUGAUGCGAAAGAUGAUUCCUUCUUUGACGAAAAAAGUAAAGGAAUGUUUACGUUUACACUUACAGUAUGUCAUUUGUAUUCUGUAGUCGAACAUACUUUAUACACAAGAUUUCUGAUUGUUCUUUC